AUGGCGUUACACCCGCGAAGAGUUCGCUUGAAGCCGUGGCUGGUAGCCCAGGUAGAUAGCGGUAUGUAUCCCGGCCUUAUCUGGCUAAACCGAGAAGCGAAGCGGUUUCAGAUCCCCUGGAAGCACGCAACUCGGCACAGCCCGCAGCACGAGGAGGAGAACACCAUCUUCAAGGCAUGGGCUGUGGAAACGGGAAAGUACCAGGAAGGAGUCGAUGAGCCAGACCCUGCAAAGUGGAAAGCCCAGCUACGAUGUGCUCUUAACAAAAGCCGGGAAUUUAAUUUGAUGUAUGAUGGCACCAAGGAGGUGCCCAUGAAUCCUAUUAAAAUUUAUGAAGUGUGCGAUAUCCCACAGUCCCAGGGAUCAAUCAUUAAUCCAGGUUCCACUGGCUCAGCUCCGUGGGAUGAAAAGGAUAAUGAUCUUGAUGAUGAAGAGGAGGAAGAAUUGAAUCAAUCUCAGCACGUUCCUAUACAAGAGACAUUUCCAUUUCUUAAUAUCAAUGAUUCUCCAAUGGCUCCAGCCAGUGCAGAAAACUGCAGCCCCGAAGCUGUGUGGCCUAAGAAUGAACCUCUAGAUAUGGAAAUGCCCCCAACUGCGCUGCAGCAUGACUUCUUCAGCAGCCCUGAGCUCUGGAUCAGCUCUCUGCCAAUGACAGACCUAGAAAUCAAGUUUGAAUAUCGAGGAAAGGAGACUGGACCAACGACGACUGUAAGCAACCCGCAGGGAUGCAGACUUUUCUAUGGAGAGCUGGGUCCUAUGCCAGACCAGGAAGAGCUUUUCGGGCCCAUUAGUUUGGAGCAAGUAAAGUUUCCAGGAACAGAGCAAAUCACCAAUGAAAGGCAGAAGAUCUUCACAAGUCGGCUGCUGGAUGUUAUGGACAGGGGACUGAUCCUGGAGGUCAGUGGCCAUGCCAUCUACGCUGUCCGGCUCUGCCAGUGCAAGGUGUACUGGUCUGGUCCCUGUGCGCCUUCCUCCACCACACCAAAUUUGAUCGAGAGGCAAAAGAAAGUCAAACUCUUCUGUCUGGAAACGUUCCUAAGCGAGCUGAUUGCCCAUCAGAAAGGACAAAUUGAGAAACAGCCACCAUAUGAGAUCUACUUCUGUUUUGGAGAAGAAUGGCCUGAUGGAAAACCCAGGGAGAGGAAGCUGAUUGUGGUUCAGGUCAUUCCAGUUGUGGCCCGGAUGAUCUACGAAAUGUUUUCCGGUGACUUCACGCGCUCCUUUGACAGCGGCAGCGUGCGGCUCCAGAUCUCUACGCCUGACAUCAAGGACAACAUCGUGGCUCACCUGAAGCAGCUGUACUGGCUGCUGCAAAACCACCAGGAAGGGUGGCCGAUGCAGGCCCCCGCCAUGCACAUGGCGCAGCCGCUCCCGGCACAGUGACAGACGCUUUGCUUUGCCCCACGGUUUCUUAUGUUGUACAUACAGAGAAGUAUUUCUUAAAGAGUGCCUUGCCUAAAUCUGAAUAAAAUCUGUAAAUCUG